AUGGCGGCAGAACUCCAUGCUGUACUGAGCGUGGCUCCAUCCCUGCCGCCUCUCAAGGGCUCUUUUGUGAGGUGGGAGUUACCAAAGAAGGCACAGGCAGAGAGGGAGAGAGCCUCAUCAGCAGGCAGCCUUGUCCUGAAAAUACAGGAGGAAGGACUUUCUGACAAGUCCUCUGAUGUCCUCUGUGGCCGAGGUGGGAGAGUGGUUCAGUUUCAGAAGCUUCAGCAGCUGCGACUCACACAGUACCACGGAGGCUCCUUACCAAAUGUAAGCCAGCUGAGGAGCAGCGCCUCGGAAUUUCAGCCAUCAUUUCACCAGGCUGACACGGUCCGUGGAACCCGGCAUCAUGGACUAGUGGAGAGGCCAGCAAGGAGCCGCUUCCACCCACUGCAUCGAAGGCCGGCAGACAAGCCUGGGCGGCAGUUUGACGGCAGUACAUUUGGAGCCAGUUAUUCUUCGCAGCCCCUGGAUGAGAGUUGGCCGAGGCAGCAGCCUCCUUGGAAAGAAGAAAAGCAUCCUGGGUUCAGAUUAACAUCUGCACUUAACAGGACCAAUUCCGAUUCUGCUCUGCACACGAGUGCCCUGAGUACCAAGCCCCAGGACCCCUAUGGAGGAGGGGGCCCAUCAGCCUGGCCUGCCCCAUACAUGGGUUUCUAUGAUGGGGAGAAUGAUGGCCCUGGGGAAGUAGUGUCAUUCCCUGGCCCGUUGAAAGAAGAGAAUCUAUUAAAUGUCCCGAAGCCACUGCCAAAGCAACUAUUGGAGACCAAGGAGAUCCAGUCCCUGUCAGGGCGCCCUCGAUCCUGUGAUGUCACAGGUAGCAAUGCGCUCCCCCAUAAUGGGCAAAACAUAGGCCUCUCACCCUUUCUGGGGACCCUGAACACAGGAGGAUCGUUACCAGAUCUGACCAACCUCCAUUGCUCGGCGCCUGUGCCAGCCUCUCUGGACCCCAGUGGCCACCUCCUGGGCAGCAUGAGUGUGGGAAACAGUGUGGGCAACCUCCCUGCUGCCAUGACUCACCUAGGGUUAAGAAGUUCCUCUGGUCUGCAGGGAUCUCGGAGUAACCCCUCCAUCCAAGCGACGCUCAAUAAGAUAGCGCUUUCCUCUUCCCUAAAUAGCCACCCACAGACAUCUGUCGCCAGUGUGUCUGCUCUGCACCCUUCGCUGCGUCUGUUUUCCCUUAGCAACCCGUCUCUUCCCACCACAAACCUGAGUGGCCCCUCGCGGCGCCGGCAGCCUCCUGUCAGCCCUCUCACACUCUCUCCCAGCCCAGAAGCACAUCAAGGCUUCAGCAGACAUUUCUCUUCCACCAGCCCACUGAACCCGUAUCCUGCCUCCCAGAUGGUAUCCUCAGAGCAAAGCCCACUGUCCUUCCUGACCUCUGAAGCACAAGCCCAAGUAUCCCCACCACCCCCCUACCCCACAUCCCAGGAGCUCCCGCAGCCCCUCCUGCCGCAGCUCCGCUCCCAGGAGCACCCUGCUCCACAGCCCCAGGCUGCCUCGUCCCUGCCCCAGUCAGACUUCCAGCUUCUCCCAUCCCAGGGCACAUCUUUGACCAACUUCUUCCCAGACUUGGGCUUUGACCAGCAGUCUGUGAGGCCAGGCCCAGCCUUUCCCCCACAGGUACCCCUGGCACAGCAAGGUCACCGAGAAGCACAGGACUCAUUUCACUUGAGACCAAACCCAUAUUCCAACUGUGGGAACUUCCCAAAUGCCAUCAUGACUGAAGAUUCGAGCACCAACCUGUUCAAAGACCUCAGCAACACACUGGCAGGCAUGCCUGAGGUCAGCCUGAACAUGGACACUGCGUUUCCACUUGAAGAGGAGCUCCAGAUUGAACCCCUGAGCCUAGACGGACUCAACAUGCUAAGUGACUCCAGCAUGGGUCUGCUCGAUCCCUCUGUGGAAGAGACAUUUCGAGCUGACCGAUUGUGAACAGGAGGCCACAGAAGGAAGAUUUCUGAAGUUUCCAGCCAAACUAGAGUGGAAUAGAGUGGAGCCAGUGACCUCCUAGGACUUUAGUUAUCUCCAUAAGAAGGCACCCAUUCCUCAGCUCCAGGCUUUCAUGUGGUCCCAUCUCAGACGCCAUGGCUUCUCUAGACACAGAGCUGUGUCCUGCUUCUUGGGCCUGCGCAUACAUUGUGUCGCUGCUCUGGAGCUUCUGGGGAACUGGAAAGCUUGUUCCCUGAGGCUUCCAUCUCUUUACUGGCCAUUUAGUCAGUCUGUGUGUAAAAGUAGAGAAUCUCACAUAACAGGAGGCUGAGGUAGCUGUGUGUUGUGCUGAGAACCACUGAUCUCAGUCUGCACUGAGGACAGCCUGGUGUGGGAGGUUGCUGGGGCCAUGGGCCUCAGAGCUGUCUCAGUAUCAUGUAACGGUACUGGAGCACCACACUGCCUUCUCUGAUCCGGCCAUGAAGGCAAGGUACCUUCCAGCUGGUGGACAUUCCAGGGCUCAGCUCAGAGCCAUGCCAGCAAGCCGGGCUCUGUCAGAUGCCUUACUUACCAUAUGAAGAAGUUUAACCAAGCCAAGGAUGGGCUUCAGUCAGGCAAACUGAACUCUAUGGUUUGUUUUCUACCAGUCUGUAAUCUCUUUUCUGCUGCUUUAUACCUUUUCCUUAAGGACAGGAGGAAAAGGAAGACUAUUUUAUUCAGUCACUGAAAAAGUCCCCUGACAAAGGUUAAGCCUGAGAAGAACUGUGCUCCUUCUCAGAAGCUGGGGAACAAACGAAGGGGCACCACAGGUAGCCCAAAGACACAGGGGACAAAUACCAGACAAGCACAAGCCUCCCUGCGGGCCAGCCGGGGGCAUCCCCAGCACUGAGCUCCUGCUUUGUGAAGUGGGAGUUUCUUAUAGCCCUGCCUGACCACAAGCUCCCAGAGAGCAGAGACUGUGCCUUAUUCCUCACCAAGCCCCUAGCACCUAACAAGUGCCUGGCAUGGAAACCAUGCUACAUAACUGCAUGCUGAGUGUACAUGUGUGUGAAUGAGUCUGCCCGGCUGCGAGGUGAUCUUUUGAGCUUAGCUUUCCUAAUGCUGGUGCCUGUACUCAAGUCACCAUUCACUUUAAUAUGCUUCUAACACUAGAUGGCUAGGUCCACAGGAGAUGAGCACCUUCUCCUUGGGGUUCUGCUCCAUGGCAGUAGGCAGGAAUUGUCUCCUGAGUGGAUCCAGAGUGGCUGAGUAAACCCAGGCCUCUCAAGGGCUGGCACCUGCAGGAUCCUCAUGAGACCUCCAUCUCGGCUCCCUCUCACAUUCAUGCUUUGCUCUAAAUUGCUUUAAAUAGAGAUUUGUCCUGUGAGGUUGGAACAGUAAGUUUAUAGUAAACGAAGGCCUAAUUCACAGAACUAUCAUUACUCAUUAAUGCCUUAUCAUACAGUAGUAUGAGCAGAUUUCCAGCAAUGCCUGCCUCUGUGAACUGAGUUUGGGAGCAGAGCCCAUGGUGCCCAGCAGCCCUGCCGAGAGGAGCCAGGCACUGAGGAGGAUGCAGGGUAGGGAGGCCAGAAGGAUGGGGAGUGCAUGCUAGAGCCUUUGUACCCAAGGCUGUGUGAGGAGCCAACCCCUGGGCCAUGGAAAGGGAGUCUGUUCCUGUCCCAGCUGUGAUCUCGCCAGCCCUUGCCUGUUCUCUGCUGUCUUGAGAGGGCUGACCUCUGACCUUUCCAGAAAAUCCAUGGUGCAUUACUAUACCUUCCUCAGGACCCAAGAACUCCUAUCUGCCUGUUUGCCCGAGUUUCUGCUGUUGAGUUAGGAGGUCCUACUAGAGUCCUCCUUGCCUGAUUUCCGCCCAGGCAGGAGCUGUUGGCCUUUCUUGAAAGUCUUACUUUCAGCUGCGCUAGACACCUCCAUGCUUGAGAUCCCAGAGUGGGGCAACUCUGUUACAGUAAAAGGGCCUUUCAGUUGGGAUGCUACCCAGCACCCCGGUGUGCCAACAGCAGCCACCUCCCGUGUCAGUGGCCCCUGAAAUGGAAUGUUGCUGGUCAGGUGCCAGUGUUGUGAGAAUUUUUUUUUUUUUUUUUUGGAAAGCAAGUCCCA